AUGGCAACCGCUGUAGCUCAAUUACCAGCCGUAAGGCCGCCGCCGCCACCUACAUCUUCUGGCUUUGAUGACUUGGAAGAUGCAGAGAUGGAUAACCUUUUAUCGGCCAUUGAUGAGAAGAAACUAGAACAAGCAGAGAUGGGAGAACCAACAGCAUACCUGGCAUACUACAAAUAUCUUCUACCUUGGAAGCAAUUAUACCUUUGGCUCAAUCGAACAUAUACUGUUCCAUCAACAAGUCGCAACUUCACCCAUAGAGAAUUCGCAUUCACCUUACAAAAUGAAGCUUACCUGCGUUACAACUCAUUCGGUUCACCUGAAGAUCUAAAGAGAGAAGUAUGUCGAUUAAACCCAGCAAGAUUCGAAAUUGGUCCGGUAUACAGUGCAAAACCAAAAGAUCGCAAAACAGUCCAAAAGACACUUUUCAAACCUGUUUCGCGUGAAUUGGUGUUUGAUAUCGAUAUGACAGAUUACGAUGAAAUUCGUACUUGUUGUACCGGAAAAGGAAUUUGCAAAAGAUGUUGGGCUUUCAUUUCAGUUGCUGUAAAGGUGCUAGAUGAAAUGAUUCGAGAAGAUUUUGGUUAUAAACAUUUACUUUGGGUUUAUUCCGGUAGACGUGGUAUCCAUUGUUGGAUUUCGGAUGAAGAAGCAUGCGCUUUGAACGAUGAUGCAAGACGUGCGAUCAUUGGAUGGGUGGACAUCAUCAAAGGUAGUGCAAACACAACCAAAAAGGUCGAUGUAGGAGGAUACGUACCAAACGGGCCAGGCAAUAGCAAUAAUGGUGGCAACGGACGAGCUCUACAUCCUUCCCUCCGUCGUGCAUUGGAAGGCAAUGACGGUCAAGGUCCUCUCAAGAUGGCAUUCGUUGAUGUGAUCUUACGCGAUCAAGAUUGCUUUAAGGAGAAGAAACAAUGGGAAACACUCUUGAACCUUUUACCAACAUCUGAAUUGGACGCAAUCACCAAACUUCGUGCGAAAUGGAGUACACACCCUUUCCGUCCAAGUUUGGAUAAAUGGUCAGAUGUGACUGAAGCAGCAGCAAAGAGCAAAAAGCAAGGAAUAUGGAAAACUGCAUUAGAAGAUGUCAUUUUGCAAUAUACUUAUCCACGUGUGGAUACAGAAGUGUCUAAACAUUUGAAUCACUUGCUCAAAAGUCCAUUCGUCAUCCAUCCUGCGACCGGAAAAGUGUGUGUUCCACUUACAGUCACACAAGUGGACAAAUUCGAUCCUGAUCGUGAUUGUCCAAGUAUCAGUCAACUUUUACGUGAAAUGCAUGUGGCCACACAAAAGAACGGAAUUGAUCUUCACAAAGAGAAAGGUCAAAUGUCAAGCAUGCGUGCCUUUUGGGAUCAAACGAGUCUCAAACCGUUUGUUGAAACGAUGGAUAGACACGUUAAAGCGAUCAUGCAAGACCUUCGACAGGCAAAGAAGGAAAAAGAUGCGAAAUCUUUCGAUUUUUGA